AUGGCUUCAACCAUUACUUGGCCAGUCUAUCAUUGGUUACCGUGGAGAGAUGACCACUAUUUGAAAGAGCAACACGACAGACUACUACUCUCUUCCUUUCAUAAUCAAACAAACUCGUCCAUUUCACAACACGUGGAUCAUGGUUUCAUGUUACUACAAUCGGCAGAUGGGUCUCUUGCAGUGAAAUAUUUAUUAGCCGAAUUGGAUGUUCAAAUCAUGUUACCGUAUUUUGCUACUUUAAUUUUGUUGGAAUUAUUUUGUCAUUUUGUGUUGUGGAAUCGAACCUUGUAUCGUUUCAAUGAUACCUUCUCGAGUUUAGCCUGUGGAAUUACUCAACAAAUUACUGGAAAAUUAUUUACUAAUUAUUAUUUUCAUGUAUUGCCUUAUACAUUUGUGUAUCAUUGUAUUUAUGGAGGUGGUAAAAGUGCGUUGCAAGAGGGUGUAGAUCAAUUGGGAUUAACUUCAUGGUAUUGGUGGUUUGUAUUGAUUUUUAAGGAUCAUCAAUAUUAUUGGGCUCAUCGAUAUUUACAUGAGUGGAAUAUCGGAUGGGCAGCUCACAAUGUGCAUCACAGCUCCGAAGAGUACAAUCUCACUUCAGCUCUCAGACAAGGAUUUAUUCAAGAAAUUAUUGGCUUUCCAUUUUCACUUCCAUUAGCUUUCUGUGGUGUUCACCCUUAUUUGUUUUCUCUCCAUUCGAAUUUGAAUACGUUGGCUCAAUUUUGGUUUCAUACCAGAGCCAUUCGAAAAUUCCCCUCGUUCAUUGAAUUUUUCCUUAAUACUCCUUCUCAUCACAGAGUUCAUCAUGGACGUAAUGAAUAUUGUCUCGAUAAGAAUUAUGGAGGUAUUUUCAUUGUAUUCGAUCGAUUGUAUGGAACGUUUGAGGCCGAACAAGAAAUGGAAACUCCCGAUCCCAUUCGUGGUGAUUAUUCCAAUGUGGUGUAUGGUUUAACGAGUCCUCUCACUACAUUCAAUCCCAUUCACACUCAGACACAUCAUUUGGUGUACAUGUGGCAAACCAUGAAAGAAAUUUCCUCAUCCUCUUCAUGUGAAGUAUUUAAGGGAAAACCAUUUUGGUUUAUUUGGUGGAAUCGAUUACAAGUAGUAUUUCGAGGACCAGGAUGGAAUCCAUUCACACAAAGCAUGUAUGAAUGUCCACCAGUUUUGGAACCUCCCUCUCGAAAUGAAAUGUAUGAUCCAUCGAUUGGAGUUUGGAAAACGGUCAUGGCCACACUUCAUUUCUUGGUAUUGUUUGUGUUGAGCGUGUUUCAUUUGGAAACUAAUUUUUCCCACUCUUCAUUAUUGACUAACAAUAGUAGUGGAUUUUUUGGGGAGAAUGAGCAUCAUGUGUUGCAUUUCGCUCAAUUUGCACUCCUCUAUUUAUCCUUUUCUUCCCUUGCAUUGAUCUAUGAAGGAAUGGAUUGGAAGUUCACACGACGAUGUGAAAUAUUGAGAUGUUCCAUCAUGUUGAUUUUACUUCGUUUUGUCGUGAGUGCCAAGUCCUCAGCAUCAUCAACAACAACCUUCUCAAUCAAUUGUUUCAUUUCGAAAAUCAUGCCAGGUGCUUCCAUUUUCGCAUCACCACUUGACAUUAUGGGUGUGAAUUUCACACUCGCUCAUGUCAUGAUGAUGUUUUAUUUCCUUUCAUUGAGUUAUUGGUGGUGGAUGGGAAGAGUGGUCACACUAACCAACAGCAACGAAAAAUCCAAAUCCGAUUAA